GCGCGCUUCCGCCAGCUUUGAGUCUCAGACACGUGUCUAUUUAUGGAGAUAUUCAUCUAUUGAGAAGUUAUCUUCCAAUAACUGGUAACCACUUUACUCUGCGCUUUCCACGGUAGCGCGACACCGCUGCCUACAGGAACACGCAGUCGAUUCAGCCGACCGACCGUUUCGCUUCUUUCUCCGAACUCCGCCGCAAUCGCGACUUUUACAACAGCUCGAUCAUCAACAAAGGGAAUAUUCCCCACGGUCGCCUAGUCACGCUUUGGCUUGAGGCACUUUAUUUUUCCAAGCUCUGGGGCCUAUAAUAUGAUCUUAUACGUGACCGAAACGAUUUCCAUCAUUUAAGUUGCCGGCCUCGCGAGGCGCUCCUAUUCGGAUCGCGGACGAAUAUCAAUACACGCCGAAUUUUUGUGCUUGAACACGAUCAGGAGGGAUUACGUGGGUUUUCCACUAAAGAGGUGCAUUGGGGCCUUAGAAGGUCGCCGGAAGUGUCCCUGUGAUGGCUGGGAAUACGCAGGUGUCUGCUGACCAGAGCCGGGCGAAUGGCCGCGUUGACAAUCAAGGGCCAGUAAACCCGUACGAAACAGACCCCGACCUCCUGCCAAAUGAUGACCUUUUCCUCGCCCGGAGUGUGAGUUACGGCCGCUAUGCGCCUCGUGAUACCGACUUCAAGCCUCGCUACGAUCAUUGGUGCGAGCCAGAUCCUGAGGUGACCUCGUAUUGGGAAGGCAUUGUGAAAGAAUUGUGUACGGCAGAAAAUUCUCUGAAUGUCUCCGGGAAUAGGGAGGUUUUCGCUGCUGGCAGCGUAAUCAUCCGGGUUGAUCGUGAACCAGCAGUCGGUGCAGCAGCCGAAAAGUACUCGUGUGCUAAUGCGAAUGAAUUGAGUGCUGCCAGGAAGGCAGAGGAUACACUCAAGGAAAUGAGCAUCGCUGUGCCGGUCAUAUACUUCUGUGGGACAAUAGAUGGGAAGAACGUCACUGUGGAGUCUAGAAUCCCUGGGGUCACUCUAGAGGUAGCCUGGAGAUACCUCACUAAUGAGCAGAUUGACAAGUUCAAACAGCAGUGUCGUCGCAUAUCGCAGCGCCUGGGGGUCAUCGACACUCCUCCUGACCACCCUUCCUACGUUUGCAGUGGGCUUAACGCACAAUCGUCACCCGAUGCCCUAGAACCGGAGAAGAACAUACUGUUCCGCGAAAGGAAGGUGGACGAAAAGAUUUGUCUGGUCCACAAUAAUUUGGUGCCGUCAAACGUUAUUGUGAGCGAUGAUAAGGUACUCGGGAUCACUGGUUGGAGACAAAGCGGGUACUUCGGAUUUGAACGAGCCGACGAGAUACAUCGACGCUUUAGGAUACUAGUGGCAUCCGCAAUCCAUGGAGACAAGUCCACCGAUCUACGAGCGUGGUCUGACCUCUAUGAGGGUCUGGAUGUUGUGGAUGAGGACGGGUCUGCAGAAAAGCAAGACACUCCAGUCCCCCGAGUCAAGACCGAACCUUCCAACCCGAAUCUGGAUAAGGUUCCUCUCGAUGAAGAGGAAUCCAAGCCUGCACUCUCCCAACUUGACGGCCCAACUGGAGAUCAUCCUACCCUCAAAAAUGUUGCUAGUCUCAAGAACAGAGGGUCCUCAAGAGCGUCGUCGUCUGAUCGCUCCUCUCCUGCUACAUCCACGAAGCCGGGUGCGGUCAGAAAAUCGGCCACUGCUGCAACCAAGAAAGGCACUGGGAGAAAGUCAACAGCCAAGAAGCGAAAAAUAAAUGACCUCGACAGUGAGGUUGUAUAUGGCCGUCGCUCGAACACUCCAGCUUCGGGUCGCGCUAGCAAGGCCGCCGGGAAUAAAAAGCGAAAUUCUGCGUCCGUGGCAAACUCGCCAGGCCCGGAUAACAGAAGGAAGAGUAGUAAGAACACCGAAGUGGAGGACGUCGAGGAGGAGGAAGAGGAGGAAGAAGAAGACGAAUCAGACAGCAAUGAGGUGUUCUGCAUCUGCCGCAAGCCUGAUAACCAUACAUGGAUGAUCGGAUGUGAUGGAGGAUGCGAGGAUUGGUUCCAUGGGAAGUGUGUUAACAUCGACCCGAGAGAUGCCGAUCUCAUUGACAAGUAUAUCUGCCCGAACUGUAAAGAGGAAGGGAAGGGAUGGACAACGUGGAAACCGAUGUGCCGGCUAAAUGAAUGCCGAAAACCCGCCAGAGUCAACCUGAGCAACCCUAGCAAAUAUUGUUCUGACGAACAUGGCAGGGAGUUCAUGCUCCAACGAACCAGGCAUCUUCUGGGCACUGGACUGAAAGGCCAGAAGGGAACUUCAGCCGGCCGAUUAACCAAUGGCAUCCAUUCCAGCGAAGGAAAUAGCCCCGUGCAUGGCGAUGGGACUGCAACUCCGGAUAGACAAGAGCCCGACGAUCUUGGCAGCCGAGGUGGUGUCCUAACAGCAGGCGAUCUGAAAGCCGUGGUCAUGGGUGUCAGCUCUGCCAGAGAAUUCCGCAAACUAGGCGAAAGCAUUAUUUCCAUUCCUACCGAAGAGGACAACACAAACACCGACGCGAAAACGAAGAGCGGCAAGAAGCUUGGCCUGGACUUCGACGUGGAAUGGCUCACAUACACGCCCGACGAAGCCUCCAAGAUAGAAAAGAUACGCAAACAACGCGAUGACCUGCUUCACCGCAAAGAGAUGCUCCGAGCCAGGAACACAUUCAUGACCCUCGUUCGCCAGCGAUCCAAGGCCAUCCUGGAACAUCUCAAACAGACCGAUCCCAAGGGCGGAUGGAAAGACAUCUGCGGUUUCGACACCCGCCUCUCCUGGUCUGACGAGGAAUUCGACGAAUGGCGCUUAUCCGAAGCCGGCGCCAAAGCGCUAGAAGACGGCUCACCCGAAGCCCUAGCAUCCAGCUAUCCCGACGCGAUGGACGCCGACGGCGACACCGCGAUGGAUGACACGAAAGACGAACUUGAGACCCUAUCCCGAGGCGUCUGCAUGAAGAAACGCUGCGAGAGACACAAGCAAUGGCUCAAAGUCCAACAACAAGACGCUCAUUUCGAGGAGAACACACUCGCCCUGGAUCUCAGCAAAUGCGAGAAAGAGGCGCAAACGGUGGUCGAGCGAGCCGUUCUCAGAAUGUGGGCUGAAUCCGACAACGCGCAGAUCGGUGGCCAGUAACAUCCUCAACCCCCCCCAAAAAUAAAGAGAAGAAAGGAUGAAGGAAAGUCUCAACCCGCGCAAACAGUCUUUUUUUUUCAACCUUUGGCCCCACCCAUACAUACAUACAUACAUAUCCCCAUGCCUACUUGUGAUUUCUUUACGCCCUGUGAACAAUUGACUUGAGCUUGACUUGGUUGAUACCCAAUUGUUAUUUAUCCGGAAAAAGCAGGAUUCUGAACUGGAGUUAGUUAGCCGAUAUGGCGGCGGUUUUUGGUGUCUGCAAAAAGUUGGAAUGGGGUGGGUGCAUGAUUGCAUGAUAGACGGGUGUCUUCAACUUGAGAGGGUUUGUGUUUGCAUUCAAUUCUCGAUGUUUU